AUGUCGCUGCCGGGGCAUCAGAAGCGACCAUCGGCUCAAUGUUCCUUAACUGCCUGCAGCAGCAGCAGCAGAAAACGCCGCCGCCACCGCCUCCCGCCACCUACACCAACUGUCUCCGCUGGUGCGGGCACGGUGGCUGUGGCAUCCUCCCCUUGGGCGUCAAUGAACGAAGACUCGCUUCGCCUGAUAGCUUGGCGCGUGCUGGCCGGCGACUUGCUGGACUACGUCCACUUCCGCGCGGUCUGCGCCCACUGGCGGUCGAGCACCGUCUGCCCGCGCGGCCACGGCGUCACCGACCCGCGCUUCCACCCGCGCCGCUGGAUGAUGCUGCCGGAGGGCCACGGCCUGUACCCCGCCCACAGCAAGCUCCACGGCUACAUCCGCUUCUUCCACCUCGACACGGGGAGGUUCGCGCGCGCCAAGCUCCCGGUGUUUCAGGACCACUCCGUCCUCGACUCGGUCGACGGCCUCCUGGUCAUGCACAGGGACCAGGACACAGCCAUCCGCCUCCUCCAUCCUUUAACCGGCGACGUCGUCGACCUGCCGCCGCUCGUGACCCUCAUGCCGCAUAUCUUUAACCAAGACCUGCCCGGGGCUUCGCACCCGACACAUCGCUUCGUCUACCUCAGAGGAGUCUGCGCUUCGUUCAGUGUCAGUGCCGCUGGAGUCGUCACUGUCAUGCUCGCACUUCAUCGGAUCGACUUCAGUGAGGACGGGGACCAUGUCGCAGGCUUAGGUUCUUCAUUGCCAGAACCCAAGUUGAUCGCCACAAUUCCAACUGACAAGCUUGCCAAACCAAUCUUCCUAGUAGAAUGCAACUCGCAGAACCUUGUGGGUGGCUACACUGAUAGAUCGCUUUCGCAUAUGGUGGUUCAUAGACUUGCAGAUCUUAAAUUGGAAAAGCUGAUUCCGUUAAGAAGCAUUGGAGAUAAGGCUCUGUUCAUUAAUGAUAGGUGUCUAUCUGUUUCCUCUAAUGGGGCAUUGCCUACUGUUGUCAGCGACACCAUUGUUCUGCCCAGUAUGAAAGAUGGGUCAUUUGUUCAGUACCACCUUAAUACUAACACUUGA